AUGAGUUUCAAGGGCGUGGGAAAGAGCAUAACGCGCGCGCCGCAGCAGUUCAAACAGCGCUUCAAUAUCGGCGAUAUUACCAAGGAUGCCGUCUAUAUUGACGCCGAAAGGCGGUUUGAAGAACUCGAGAAAGAGACCAAAAAGCUGCAUGAUGAGUCCAAGAAAUACUUUGACGCUAUCAACGGCAUGCUCACCCACCAGAUCGAGUUCUCCAAAGCUAUCGGCGAGAUCUACAAGCCUAUAUCGGGCCGCAUGUCAGAUCCCAACUCCACAAUACCAGAGGGUAACCCAGAAGGCAUCCAGGCAUGCGAAGAGUACGAGUCAAUAGUCGCCGAUUUGCAAGCUACCCUGCAACCCGAGCUGGAGAUGAUCGAGCAGCGAGUUAUUGCCCCUGCCGACCAACUCCUCGAAGUCAUUAAAGUCGUUCGCAAGGUCAACCUCAAACGCGAUCAUAAGCAGCUCGACUACGAUCGUCACCGAGCGGCCCUCAAGAAGCUGCAAGACAAAAAGGACAAGACACUCAAAGACGAGAAGGCCCUCUUCAAGGCGGAGAACGACGUUGAGCAGGCAACCCAGGACUACGAGUAUUUUAACAACCUUCUCAAGGACGAGCUACCCAAACUCUUUGCGCUGGAGUCCGAGUUUAUUCAGCCACUCUUCCAGUCCUUUUACUACAUGCAACUCAACGUCUUUUACACCCUACACGAGAAAAUGCAAGGCAUCAACAUCGGAUACUUCGAUCUCGCCCUUGAUAUUGAAGAGGCCUUUGAGGCCAAGCGAGGUGAUGUCAAGGAACGCGCCGAAGAGCUGUCCAUUGUUCAUUUCAAGACCACCGGCGGUGUCAAGGGUCCUCGCGGCACAUCACAAUACCAGUCCAAGUACGCUCUCAAGGCCAAGGAAGCUGAGGCGAACAAGUACAAGUACGGUGGUCGUACUGGAUCCGCUUCCGCCGACCCCGAGGCCGGUAUCGCAAAUCCACCACCUCCCUACUCGCCUCCCUCUUCUGGAUCUACACCAACUUCUCCCGCCUUCUCUGCAAUAGGCAAGCCAAAGCCUCCGCCACCAAAGCCGAAGCCCAGCAGACUCAGCGGCGCGCCGAACGUCGAAACAGUGACCGCGCUGUACGAUUACGAAGCGCAGGCUGAGGGCGAUCUGAGUUUUAUGACCGGCGACGUAAUUGAAAUUGUGACACGAACUCAGAACGAAAACGAGUGGUGGACCGGAAAAGUCAAUGGGCGUCAAGGACAAUUCCCUGGUAAGUCUGCCUUGUUGGCAAUGCUCUGUUCUGACAUGCCGGUAGGAAACUAUGUGCGAGUGAACUGA